ACUAUUAUUAAAUAACAACUGGCCUGGCGAGCACUUGUUGUGGUUUUUAACUGUCGAGUGAAAUUUAUUUGUGGACAUUUUGUGAUUAAAAAGCUUUUAUUUCCUAGAAAUAUGCAAUCCUACUGUGAAAAAACGAAGAAAUGAUAACAUUCGGUGGAGCAAAUACUUCGACGGCGCUAGAGGAAUCUGGCGACGUUCGGAGUAUUUGCGAAAGUGUUUGCAGCGAUGGUUCCAAUGCAACAGUGCAGGCCGGCGCCUCUAACCAGAGGCCCCGUAUGGACAUCGCAUGUGUUUUGGACAUAAACCAAACAUUGAACCUUGCUCAUAGAAAAAGGGCACUUGAGGAGGUUCGAUUGGCUUCCGAGCUGGUCAAUGCGAACGUACACCACAUUCAUUAUGAAAAACUAGACUUUGGCGAAACAAGUGUUCUAGACACGUUCUACAAUGCAGAUGUGGCCUUAGUGGACCUCAGUGUGCAAGUACAACAGAGCUCUCUGCUGUACCACCUCGGAGUGCGGGAGAGCUUUGAUAUGAAGGAAAAUGUAUUGCUCUAUAAUGAUGUCGAUCCAGAUGCCACACUACGACUCAAGAUAUCGCUACCAAACUUUCUGUUUGUGUCAUACAAGCUAACAGACGCGGGCACCUGUGUUACCACGAACCCGGCCGCAGCCAAGUUUAAAGGAGAGGAGGCGCCAGAUCCUAAACAGCAUCUUACUUUGAGGCUCAAGAAUAUAUUGCAAGAUGUUGAGGUUCAGACCAAAGCCCAUCUCCAAGAAAAGUUCCUAUCAGACCUCCGGAAAGCUCGCGAGACCUACAGCGGUACAGAACUGGCGAAUGUCCUUCACGCCAUGCGACGCCGCCUCGACGACCCCGCCGUCCUGUCUGGCGAUACCAUACUCAACCUCCUCAUAUCCUACAGAGAAAUACAAGAUUACGAUGCCAUAGUACAGAUCGUUGAUGAUUUGAAAACGAUUAUGAACAGAAAGAACUACGUCAAUAUGCCUAUUAUUAGGUUUAUGUACGCUUUUGCUAUGAACAGGAGAAAUAAAGAAGGCGACAGAGAGAAUGCUUUGAAAGUUUGCGUCAAGGCUCUAGAGAAGAAAGAGAAUAGGUUUCCCGAUAUGUUGUGUCUCUGUGGGCGAAUAUAUAAGGAUAAGUUUGUGGAAUCUCAGCAUACGGACGUGGAGAGUUUGACGAGCGCUAUACAUUGGUAUAGACAAGGCUUCGAAGUACAACCAAACGAAUAUGCGGGGAUUAAUUUAGCAACGCUGCUAGUCAUAGCCGGGAAUGAUUUCAAGAAUUCCCAAGAGCUACAGCAUAUAGGAAGGAUACUAAACCAUUUAAUAGGAAAAAAGGGCAGCUUAUCUUCGCUGAAAGACUAUUGGGAUGUGGCCACCUUCUUUGAGAUCUCAGUACUAGCGCAAGACUAUGUGAAGGCGAUUCAAGCAGCUGAGUGCAUGUUCAAACUGAAACCGCCCAAUUGGUACCUGAAGUCAACUAUAGGGAAUAUAGAACUAAUAGAUAGGUUUAGGAAGAAAAGUGGAGAAACAUCACCAGAGCAGGAAGUAUUCUCGUUUUGGAUGGAGUUUUUCGUAGAGGCAACUAAAAGCACAUGUGAAAAUAUUAUUCGGUUUCCUGUCGUAAUAUUAGAAACGACGAAGGUAUACAUACCUUCGUACGUCAACGUGCAUAUGGGCGCAGAGGAGAAGUCCGUGGAGAUAUUCAACCUUUGCCUGGACUCAAUGCGCGGAGACUGUAGACAGGUUCAUCGGUGGCUGUUUACGUCCGAUAUGAUACGAACUUAUAGUUUAUACAAGCGCGACGAAAGAUGUCUAUUCCUGUACGUCAGUGAGAACUCCGAUGAUUUCCAAAUAUUCCUACCGUCGCAGCAGUUCAGGCAACAUCUGUAUGAUUUGUUGGGGGAACUCACCGCUGAUCAUGAAAAGAUGGCGGAUUUGGACACCAGCGUUAUGCAGGAUCAGUUGAAGUUCGAAUACGAGUUAGACGACUGCAACAAGCGUGUCGUCCUCGGCAAAGGCACAUACGGCGUGGUAUAUGCGGCGCGCGACCUCAACACGCAGGUCCGCAUCGCCGUAAAGGAGAUCCCGGAGAAGAACCUGGGCGACGUGCAGCCGCUGCACGAGGAGAUCCUGCUGCACUCACAGUUGCGGCAUCGGAAUAUUGUGCAGUACCUCGGAUCAUUAUCGGAGGACAACUACUUUAAGAUCUUCAUGGAACAAGUUCCCGGAGGAUCGCUGUCCGCUCUGCUAAGGUCCAAGUGGGGACCGCUCAAAGAAAACGAGGCAACUAUAGCGUAUUAUACCAAACAAAUUCUAGAAGGUCUAAAGUACCUUCACGAUCAAAAGAUCGUUCAUCGCGACAUCAAAGGCGACAACGUUCUUGUGAACACGUACAGUGGAGUUGUGAAGAUAUCGGACUUCGGUACUUCGAAGCGACUUGCGGGGUUGUGUCCAUCUACUGAGACCUUCGCUGGCACACUGCAGUAUAUGGCACCCGAGGUCAUUGAUAAGGGACAACGUGGUUAUGGAGCACCGGCUGACAUUUGGUCUUUGGGGUGUACGGUCGUAGAAAUGGCUACAGGAAACCCACCCUUUAUGGAGUUAGGAUCUCCUCAGGCUGCUUUAUUCAAGGUGGGGUAUUACAAAAUGCACCCGGAGAUACCUAGCGAACUGUCCCAGAAAGCCAAAAAUUUCAUACUUCGUUGCUUCGUCGCUGACCCGGAGAAACGAGCCACUGCGACCGAGCUACUUGAAGAUCCAUUUUUGUGCGAAAAGAAAAAGUCGAGUAGCCGCCUAGGCAACAGCGUCGACUAUAGUCGCAGUAUCUCUGUACCCGCCGAAAAAGCUCGAGUCUCUCAAAAGAAAAUAUCCGAACCGAGUCUCCCAGGAAUCGUACCCAGUUCGCCAGAUAUCGAGGUUAAAACGGUCCGGUCUAACCCGACCAUCACUAGGACGGCUUCGUCGAUGCUCUCGCCGAUUCUGAUAUACCCGCCGGACCUGUCCAAUAGCAGCACGAUGCCUAAUACGCCGUCUACGGAUGAGAUGGACAGUAAUGAUACAAUCCUGAACAGAAGAAGUUCUUCCGGUGGACUCCUUUCACCUGAGGUGGAUAUGCCAAAUGUGCCUCGGUCGUCAAUAGACACAGAAACCGACGGCUUUUACCUCCUGAAGAAAGACUCGCAGCGCCGUUUCACUCUCUCCCGAGUGUUAGAGCAGGACAGCGAGAAGAUCUGCUCAAAAUGGAUGCUGAGCAUACAACAGGACUUCGGCACUACUGUUUUGACUAUGAAUCAUUUGGAGACGUUAAGGCGCGCCCUAAAGGAAUACAUCACCGACCAAAACAGAAGCGUGAUCGAGCGCGCUAUAAUUGCGUUGAAGGAGGAAUUAGACUUCGAUUCUAAUGCCAUAAACGAGUUGCAUUCGGCCAUUUACAUGUUCCAAGAGGCCGUGAAUGUAGUGUUGAGGAUGCACAGUAUCAAACCGCAUUGGAUGUUCGCGUUGGAUAACUUAGUUCGAAAUGCUGUUCAGGCUGCCAUCACUGUUUUAUCGCCAGAAUUAGGCGCGAAUUUAGCCGGGCAAGAGGCGGAAAGACGCGGUGGUGCGGCCGAUGUGUCCCCUUCAGCUCUAUCCACCGCUACGUCCACGCGCGACCCUCGCGACCCGCUGCAGUUGCACCAGCUGAGACAAGAGAAUCACAAACUUCAACAAGAACUCAUCGAAAGUUAUCAACAGUACCAAGCGUUACUCAAAGUGAUGCUCGAGGAACAAAAGAUGCAAACUCAAAUUCUAAAGGAAAUCGUUGACAAGAAAUCAAAUACUCGAAGCCACACGCCGAGUUCAGAAUCAACCGGUGAAUAUGACCGCGAGGAAUUGGAAGCUUUUCGCGAGUGGUUGUUACCGCGGGGAAUUCCCGAUGAAGCGGCCAUAGCUUUAGUGUCUCAGAACUACACUCUGCCUGAUGUUUUGCAGCAUGUGCAGAGAGAAGAUAUCGCUAGACUCAAUCUGAAGGGCGGUAUAGAACUUCGUCUUUGGCGUGCAAUAGUCGAAAGUCGUAUGCAGAACAAUUCAAACCACUUACGGCGGACGAGCAGCACGGAAACAGAUAUGGACACGAAUUCGAUAGUCGUCGUCGAAUGUCAGAAGUGCAAAACUUCUCGGACUCUUUCCAACAAUUCCUCCUGCUCCAACAACCCCACAGUAGUCAUCAGGGAUCAGCAAGUGAACGGCGAUGACACGGUGGGCGAGUAUUACACGGAGAAUGGGAUCGUCAACCUUUGACUAUUGCGCGGGUGGUGCACUCUACAGUGACCACAGGGUUGGCGACUUCUGCGGUUUUGGCUUUAAGAUGACUGGUAUUCCGCUGACAAAAAACGGGACACAUUUGGGACAAAAAUCUGGAAAAUUAGCUUAACAAUUUACCUUUACGAUCAAAAUACUACCUUUGCUUGGAGCUUACUAUGAGUUACACUUUCCGUGUUAAUUUAAAACCUUUUACGAACGAAAAUGGGACAUAAAAAUGAUGAAGAUAUAAACUGAUAAUUUGCUUAGUAUUAGAUCUAGAACAUCAAAUAGCUCGAUGUGUCAACUGUCAUGGCAAAGUACGAUUUUAGUCCUUAAUUUAAAGGUGAACCAUGUGUGAGAUCUCAAAAUUGACGCACUUUGUAAUCAUGCGCGUAUGAAGUGUAACCUUAACAACUCCAUUUUAAAAUAAUUUUAUGCAAUUAGACUUACAAGUACUUUUGAAUCGUCAAGAACAUCUACCACAGGUUUGAAAUGCCUUUCCUACCGAGAAGAACCAGCAAGAAACUCGGCGGUUGCUCUUUUCGAAGAUUUGAUAUACAAUAUUAUGCCAUGUGUAAAAGUAAUUGAAGUCCCGCGCAUUGCUAGACAUCAACAAGUGUUAAAGUAGUAAAGUGUGAGUAGUUUUGUCAGUGGAAAACGCAGUCUUACGGUUCUUUUACUUAAAAACAAAUCAAUCUAAGCUAUUAAUUUUUUUUUUUAAAUAGGUAUUGCACCCAAUAAGCAAUAUGCAGGCAAUAUGUAUGUCGGGUAAAUAAUAUGUACUAAUUAAGCAAUCGUGCCUUAUUAUUAAUACGAGUAUACAUUUAUUGUACUUUUGUGAUCUAUUGAUGAGAUGUACCGGAUGUAUUUAAUUAUUUAUUUGUCAAAUAAUCAAUAGCAAACUUUAAUUUUUUUAUUCGUUGAAAUAGAUUGUUGUAAAUCGACUGACAUCUAGUCCUUUCACCUCUUAUAUUUAUAUAUUUUUUAGACUCAAUAGAUUGUUUGAGCGUUUCAAAGGAAUACUGGAAUGUCGACAUUAACUUGCUGUAGGGAUAUAAUGUC